CUCUUUUAAGAGCUGCAUAUCGCUCAGCUCAGAACCCUCUCACAACAACUGAUCUGGUCCUGUCAUCUCUUCAACUUGAAUAGCUCAGUGGCGGUUUCUUCCUGCCAUAGUUGGCUAUCUGCCUCCCUCCUCCCAGUAAUGUCGGCGAUCUUCUCGCGUACCUGAAAGAGUCCAUACUUGACCGUCACCCCUUCCUACACAAACUGGGCCUUCUUCCUCAUAAAUUCGACCUGUGAGAGCUUCGCGCACUUCGAUCACUUUCUCAGACAUCUUUCAUUCGCGCAUUUAACGGCUAUACAAAGGCAAGGAAACGAAAAAUGGCCCAAACUGCUGCCGCUGGUGCCGUCUCAGACAAUGGUGCCGAUAACACAAAUGCGCCCGCGAUAAACACCGGAGACAACGCGUCCGGGCUUUUUCAAACGUUACAAGGCCACGUUGACAGUAUUCGGUCCCUCAUACAAUGCGGCGUUUGCAUCCGGCCGCUGUACGAACCCUAUACUUUGGCUUGCGGGCAUACGUUCUGUUAUAGUUGCCUAACGUCAUGGUUUGUCGGUGGGCGACACAAUAAAACAUGCCCAGACUGUCGAGCUCCAGUGAAGGCGCAGCCUGCACCUGCUUACCUGGUCAGAGCGGUCGUGCAUAUGUUCACCACCCAACCUGAGUUACUCGACAAGGGUGAGACCACAAACGAGCACCAGCGCCACCAACGUGAGGAAGCAGAACGAUUAGAGAAGGACAGACAGAAUACCCAUCCCAGGGAAGGGGGGCUGUUUCGAGGAACAUUCAAUAAAGCGAAAGCCAGUGCACCCAUCAUGGAUUACGACGAUGAUGUACUGCGUUGUCCUAACUGUGCAUGGGAGUUGGAGGAAGACGAGUGUUUACAGUGCGGUUAUCAACGUUAUGAAGAAGAUGAUCUCUCGGCAACAGGUACCUAUUAUAGCGACAUCGAAGGGACGGACGACAUGCUCAUUAUGGAUGACAUCGAGGACUUCGACGAUUAUGACGAUGAGGAUAAUUAUGGCUGGGAUGAGCUAUAUGGAACACUCCAAAAUCCUUUACCGGCAAAUCUGCGCGAUAUAAUCAACCGGCAUGACCCCCAUUAUCGGGCAUUGCAAGGAAUUCGACCUGGCGGAUGGCCUGCAGGCCCUUCCUCGGGAAUCGAUGACAGUGAAAUGGAUGAUGAAGACGAUGCGGAUAUGGAUUCAUUCAUUGAUGAUGAUGACCCAGAGCAUCAGCAUGGUGACUACUCCGAAUCUGAUCGGUCCACAGUCGUUGGGCAUCACGAGUAUUCAAUAACGCGAUCUGCGGCCCGUGAUAGCGCCUCACUCGACGAGAUGCUGGAUGGAAGCGAAGAUGGUAGUAGCGGAGAAGACGAGAAUUCGGAAGAUUUGGAUAACUCGGAAGACUCGGAAGAUGAUGAUGACGAGCCCAUCAGGCCUGCUGUCAAUGGUAGCCGGCGUAAUCGACUACCGACAUAUCGCGUGCCCUCGAGCUCUCCCGAAACAGAGCGGUCAACGAGGGCGUCUCGUCCGACUAAUGCAACCUCUAGAACGGCAUCUGGAGACACUCGCCGUACCCAACAUCCGCCCGCUAAUUCAGACGGGAACGUGAUAUACAUCACCUCCUCCUCUGACGAUGAAGGCCCCGUGAGACCUAUGAGGAGGAAUAGAAGAGAACGAGGAAAUUGCUAGCCCACCUCCGUGGGAAUCGAUACUAUGGCUAGAUGGCUUUAAUUCUGAGUGCUGGCCGCGAACCAAACGUUAACGACUUCUUCCAUGACUGUCACUGUCUACGCUAUACCCAGAGCCGUGAACGCGCCACACAAGGCGCUUUUCUUCCUUCAGGGGUACUUCCCAGUGGCGAAUGCUUCGAACUCCAAAUACCCCCAAAUUCUUUUUUGUAACGGCUGUCCUUAUCUUUUUUUCACCUUUGAUAGGCAUGAGAACUCGGCGAAAAUAGGAUGACCAUGGAUUUUAUUAGGGCAUGUAUUACCAAAAAAUCUUAGGC